CUCCUCUGCACCGCGCGCUGCCACAGAGCAGCAGCAGCAGCAGCAGCAGUAGUACAGAGCCAGGCAGAGAAACCGAGCCACAAUCAACAGCAGUCCACUUGAACACUUCCUCAAACACCAUAGGCGAGUCUGAAGUCGAAACCUCCGGGAGUGGAAGUGUGCCUCAACAACCUAACCCGGUACAAAGUGUCGAGCAAAGACACGUUCCAGCUAGGCGGAGGAGGAGGCUGAGGUGAGCAGUAACCAUGGCACCCUUCCUGCGUAUCGCCUUCACUGCUUAUGAUGUGGGCGCACUGACUCCUCAGUCCGACUCCCUCAUAUGUGCCAUCAAGAUGAAGGAGUCUGUCAGCACAGAGCGAGGAAAGACCUUGGUUCAGAGGAAGCCCACCAUGUAUCCUGCCUGGAAGUCCACUUUUGAUGCUCACAUCUAUGAGGGCCGUGUCCUCGAAGUGGUCCUCAUGCAGAGCCCUGAGGAACCAUUGGCCAAGGCCACCGUUGGUGUUUCUGUACUGGCAGAACGCUGCAAGAAGUCCAAGACUAAUGGUUGCGCCGAGUUCUGGGUGGACCUUCAUCCUUCAGGAAAGGUCCACAUGGCAGUACAGUUCUUCCUGGAGGACAGUGAUGCAGUGGCGUCUAAGUCAUCGGUGUCUAAGCCAACAGUGAAGAUCACUCCAGAGGAUGGAGUCACAACACUCAACAGGAGAAGAGGAGCUUUCAAGCAGCCUAAGGUUCACUGCAUCAAGAACCAUGAGUUCACAGCCACCUUCUUUGGCCAGCCCACCUUCUGCUCUGUCUGCAGAGAAUUCCUAUGGGGGCUAAACAAGCAAGGGUACAAGUGCAGACAAUGCAAUGCGGCAAUCCACAAGAAAUGCAUCGAAAUAAUCAUUGCCAGGUGCACUGGAACAGCGGCCAACAGUCGCGAUACUGUGUUCCAGAAAGAGCGCUUCAAGAUUGAUAUGCCUCAUCGCUUCAAGUGCUAUAACUACAAGAGCCCCACAUUCUGUGACCAUUGUGGUAGUCUGCUGUGGGGCCUAUACAAACAGGGCCUUAAAUGUGAAGACUGUGGCAUGAAUGUACAUAGCUACUGUCAGAAGAAAGUGGCCAAUCUUUGUGGAAUCAACCAGAAACUACUGGCAGAGGCUCUUUCCCAAGUCUCCCAGAAAUCUAUGAAGAAGUCUGAUGACUCCAAUGCAGCAGAUAUUGGGGUCUAUCAAGACAUCCGUAAUGUAACAGACCCCAGUGCAGAUGGCAAUGGAAAGGCACGAGACGGCUUGAGCCCGGCCCCAGUCGCACCUACAGUUUCCCGGGCACACCUCACCCUCAACCAGUUGGUAUUCCACAAGGUGCUGGGAAAAGGCAGCUUUGGCAAGGUGCUGCUGGCAGAGCUGAAGGGGAAGGGACAGUACUUUGCUGUGAAGGUUCUGAAGAAGGAUGUCGUCCUCAUGGAUGAUGAUGUCGAGUGCACAAUGGUCGAAAAGAGAGUCCUGGCCCUCGCAUGGGAGAACCCCUUCCUCACACACCUCUACUCCACAUUCCAGUCUAAAGAGCACCUCUUCUUUGUAAUGGAGUACCUGAAUGGAGGCGACUUGAUGUUCCACAUCCAAGACAAAGGGCGCUUCGAUCUCAACAGAGCCACGUUCUAUGCUGCUGAGAUAAUAGUGGGACUGCUGUUCCUCCACUCAAAAGGCAUUAUCUACAGAGAUCUGAAGCUGGACAAUGUAAUGCUGGACAAGGACGGACACAUAAAGAUAGCAGACUUUGGCAUGUGUAAAGAGAAUGUGUUCGGAGAGGCCAGAGCCACCACAUUUUGUGGGACACCAGACUACAUCGCACCAGAGAUCCUGCUAGGACAGAAGUACACCUUCUCAGUAGAUUGGUGGUCUUUCGGUGUGCUGGUGUAUGAGAUGCUGAUCGGUCAGUCACCUUUCCAAGGUGACGAUGAGGAUGAGCUGUUUGAGUCCAUUAGGUCAGACACCCCUCACUACCCUCGGUGGAUCACCAAGGAGGCCAAGAGCCUGCUUGAGCUGUUGUUCGAGCGUGAUCCCAGUCGCAGGUUGGGUGUGGUGGGAGACAUACGUACACACGCAUUCUUUAAAACCAUCAACUGGCAAGCUCUGGAGAAGAGAGAGGUGGAACCUCCUUUUAAGCCCAAAGUGAAAUCCCCCAGUGACUGCAGCAACUUUGACCGAGAGUUCCUGAGCGAGAAGCCACGGCUGUCCCACGCAGACAAGAACCUCAUCGACUCCAUGGACCAGGCAGCUUUUGCUGGCUUUUCUUUCAUCAACCCCAGACUGGAGAGCAUGAUCAGCAAAUGAAAAAGCAAAAUGGCUGUCGUGUGAACCGGACCUUGGCCCAGCACUUUGGAAUAGGCUUUUCCAUUUGUCUUCAUAUGGUCUAAGCUCAACUGGAUGGAUAACAAAAACAGAGAAGGUUUCGGGCUGGACUAUUUUUUUAGUUCUUCUGUCUUCUUCAUCAGAGAAGAUGAAACCCAGAUGUGUGCUGGCAUUGAAAGCAAUAAUACUGUUUCAACUAUCAAACUAUAGAGGUGUAUAAAAUAGUAUAAAGCUCCAGGAAAUUAAGGGAGAUUUUUAGAAACUGUAAUCAGGGGGAAAUAGUCAGUGAUGUCUUAUUUUUCUUUUUGUAAUCCAACUUUAAAUCAAUACAAUUCAUUUAAUGUACUGAAUCUGAAUAUUUAAUAACUAAAUUAAUCACAGGAAAAGCCCCGACACCCUUAAUUUGUUGUACAAAUGUAUACAUUGCCAUUGCAUGUGUAAUUCAGAAAAUGUUAGUGGUACAAACCAUAUUCUUUGUCAUCCUGUGUGCUUUGUCUACCGUAUUGGCCUCUGAUUACACUCCAGCUGUGUUUGUGCAUUACCAAAUGCAUACAAGUGUGUGGGUUUGUGAGGGUAUUUUUUAGAAGCAAUUGAUGCUACUGUAGUCAGUAACAUUGUUGUUGAAUGACUCUGCAGUUGAUCUCUGACUGUGUGAUGCCUGUAUUUUGCAGACUGAUUUAAGGGUUGUAGAACACAUUGUGCUACAAAGUUGUUGAAUCCCUCUGAACUGAAAUAACGUUGUUGCAGGACUGAAUAGUGUCCUCACUGACUGCACUGUCUUGAGAAACUGGAGGGGCUCUCAGGAAACCCCAGAGUCCCAAACAUCUCCCAAAGAAUUCAUCUUUUUUUUUCUUUUUCUUUUUCUUUUUUUAAGAUUCACACAGAAUAGCAGUCCUCUAGUCUUUUGUGUGCCAACCUCAUAGUGCAUAGUGCACGAACAAUUACUCCAUACAUAAAAUUUAUUUUCUGGGCCGCCGUCAGAUUUACUGUGGUACAUCUCUGUAUAUGUGUUUGAAGGAUGUGUCAUUUUGUGUGGGAGGGAUAGGCAUUUUACUGUAAACAUAGGGUAUUAUGUGUUAUAUUACUUGAAUGUAGGAAUUUUAACAUAAAAUAAUAGUGUUGUAUAUGGAAAAAGAUUAUGUAUGGAAAACAUGAGCUGUCUGUGAGCAGUGGGUGUACUUUUUUACUCUCCUCAUCUUUUACAUCUGAUUAUGAAUAAAUACAUUGUAAACGCA